CUGCAGGUGCGGCCAUGGAGGCACUGUGGAGCUUGGUGGGGCCGGGAAGGAGCAGCACCUUACAGCACACUGGUGCCAUCUGACGAAGUAACUAUUAAUUACAGACAUGGUCUUCCCGUGAUAACUCUUACGCUGCCCACAAGAAACGAACGCUGUCGGUUCACUGUUAAGCCAACGGUUACCACUGUAGGGGCAUUCCUACAGGAUGUGCAGAGAGAAGAUAAAGGAAUUGAGAGAGCAGAAGUCUUUGCAACAGAUGGUAGCAAGGUCUCUGAUGCCACCUUGAUGGAGGUCUUAUUGAUGAAUGACUUUAAACUUGCAAUCAACAACACAGCAUACAGUGUGUCACCUCCUGUAAAAGAUAAGCUGAGUAGUGAGCAUGCUACUGAAAUGGAAGAUAUCAAAUCCUUGGUUCACAGACUGUUUGUGGCUCUACAUUUAGAAGAUCACCAGAUCAAGAAAGAGAGAGAAUUGCUGCAGAAAGUGGACCAUCUGAAAGAAGAGCUGCUGCCUCUUGAACAGAUGAAAGCCAGAAUCAUGGAGAGUGCAGAUGCAAAGACCUCCAGGCUGCUAUGGGUUGGCUUAGCUCUGAUGUCAACACAAGGGGGAGCGCUGGCCUGGCUCACUUGGUGGGUCUAUUCAUGGGACAUCAUGGAGCCAGUCACAUACUUCAUCACUUAUGGGAGUGCCAUGGCUUUCUAUGCCUACUUUGUUCUUACUAAACAGGACUACAUUUACCCUGACGCUAAAGACAGGCAGUUCCUCCACUACUUCUAUCGGAAAUCCAAAAACCAGCAUUUUAAUGUGGAACGAUACAACAAGCUCAAAGAAGACCUAGCAGAGGCGGAAGAAUCCCUGAGGCGUCUGCGCCAACCUCUGCACCUGAGGCUUCCUAUCCAGGAAAUCAGUGACAAGGACUGACUUUGGUUUUGUAUAUAUUAGAAUUGCCCUUUCAAAGCUGAUCUGAACAUUUAGUUACUCAACAGAAACUGGUUAUUUUUGACCACUGUAGUUUUGAAAGUUGCAAUAAAUAUCUAUAAAAAUGAU